UUCCACCUUAAACCGAGGUAAAAUAAAUACUAUUUCUUUGUCUACAGGAGAGCGAAGACAAAGAGCGCCGAAUUUGAAAGCAGGAAUAAUGGCGGGCAGAGGAAAAUCAGCAGAGGGAAAGAAGGCUGUCUCAAGAAGCUCAAAGGCAGGUCUUCAGUUUCCUGUUGGACGUAUUGCCAGGUUUCUCAAGGCCGGCAAAUAUGCCGAGCGGGUUGGAGCAGGUGCCCCGGUUUACCUUGCAGCCGUUCUGGAAUAUCUUGCGGCUGAGUUGCUUGAGCUGGCUGGAAACGCUGCAAGGGAUAAUAAGAAGACAAGGAUCAUCCCUCGUCAUAUUCAAUUGGCAGUGAGGAACGAUGAGGAGUUGAGCAAGCUUUUGGGAGCUGUUACCAUUGCCAAUGGCGGAGUUCUGCCUAAUAUUCAUGGUGUUCUUCUGCCUAAGAAGUUGGGCGGUGCCAAGGGUGGGGCUGGUGAGGCCGAGGCCUGAGAUACUUGUUUGAUGAAAUUUUAUGGUGUUUGUGAACACCACCGCCUGUCGGAAUUUUUGUUAUUACUUAGUUUGAUAUAUAAGAGAUCUGUCUAGGGUUUGUUUACAUGUAGUUUUGUUCCAUAUAUGGAAGUGUUUCAAGGUAACUUUACCUGUAAUUAAUUGUACAGAAGUUUCGUUUGUUUACUUUCUCCGAUUCAGCUUCACUGUUUUAGGGUUUGAUGUUGUUUAAUAGACGUGAAUGCGAUGAUAAGCUAAUCUUACCAGAUAAAGCUAAAAGGGGAUGCAGGCCUUUGAACUAUCAAUCUUUAAGAGUAUUUUUAGUAGUCUGAGCGGACAUUGUAUGUAAAUGUAGUUGCAUAGUCUGUAAGAAUAAAAUGAGAUAUCUUCAAGUAAA